AUGGGCUCCGACUUGCCAGACUCCAACUCUCCCGACCUGGGGCUUGCUCACCCAACCCCGGAAGAACGUGUCGAAAUCUGGACCAAUGUCGCGGCCUCGUGGAAAGAUUCUUUCACCGUUCCUGUAUUUCUUGAGGAAUCCAAGUAUCUCACAACUGUGCCACUUGCCAAGGAAGGCGGCAUGACCAUAUGGAUUCUCGUCGACAAGAACCUGCCACCAAAUGAGCGACCGAUCCUAUGCUCCUGCGAAAGUUUUGUCAAGCGCACCAUCACGAGCGAUGCCGACGGCAAUACGGACGAUAACAUUGUCCACGGCAUCGCUAGUGUCUUCUGCCCCGAGGAGUACCGUCGUCGUGGCUAUGCGGCACGGCACAUGCGGGAGAUGGCCAAGGCCCUCUACAGAUGGAAGCCGGACCAAGGCAAAUGUGUUGGAUCUAUCCUCUACUCAGACAUUGGGAAGAUUUACUACACUAGGCUGGGAUGGCUGCCUCACCCCAACAACGCGCAGCUUGUUUUCCCAUCCAUUCCGGCUCCGGCGUCAAGCUCAGCCCAGGAGGUCGUGGAAGACGAUUUGGCUCGUCUCUGUGAAAGAGACGAAGGGAUUGUUCGAAAGGCCAUGGCUACACCGGCUCGGGUGCAGAGGCGUUUGACAAUCGUCCCAACUCUUGAACACAUGCUCUUCCACAUCAGAAAGGAAGACUUCACUACCCAACACAUCUUUGGGAAAAUACCGACAGUGAAGGGAGCCAUCGCGGGGCCCCUAGGAAGUCAGGUUUGGGCAAUCUGGUACUAUCGCUACUACGGACAUCCAGACUGGCCAUCUACCAGAAACGUCCUCUACAUUCUACGACUGGUUGUCGAGGGUGAUGAGAGCAGAGGGAAACCACUGGCCGAGACGACUGACUCUGGCCACCAGGCGGGCUACCUGAAGGCCGUGAUUCAGGCUGCCCAGGCCGAGGCGGCUCGAUGGCGCCUUGAUCACGUCAAGCUGUGGGAUCCUACACCCUUGGUCCAAGACUUGGUAGCUAAGAGCGGGAUCGACCAUGUUUUAUCUGAACGAGACAAGCACAUUGCUAGCGGGCUGUGGUACGAUGACAAAGGCGACAUGGGGGCAGCACCGACUUGGAUCAGUAACGAAUACUAUUCGUUCUGUUGA